GAAGAAUCAUCAUCUCAACAAUUCUCCGAUAAUUCUUCGGAGUGAUGAAUUAAAAGGGAAAAAGCUGAGUGAACCAAUAUAGCAGUUUAAGUCGUGACAAAUAAGAAAUGGCUUGUAGAGGUUGUUUGGAGUGUUUGUUGAAGUUACUAAACUUUCUGCUUGCUGUUGUUGGACUUGGCAUGAUUGGUUAUGGUAUCUACUUAUUUGUUGAGUACAAGAGAGUUACCGAUAAUUCCGUUACAUUCGGUUUGACAAAUGGCGAUCAAAGUUAUGUUUCGUUUGGGAGGCCUAUGCUUAUGGCUGUGUCACUGUCUUCUAAUGUCUUUGACAAUCUUCCCAAAGCCUGGUUCAUAUACUUGUUCAUUGGUAUUGGAGUGGCUCUCUUUGUUAUUUCUUGCUGUGGCUGCGUUGGUACUUGUUCGAGGAGCGUCUGCUGCUUAUCUUGUUACUCUCUGCUUCUGAUCUUGUUGAUCUUGGUGGAGCUUGGAUUCGCAGCAUUUAUUUUCUUCGAUAACAGCUGGAGAGAUGAACUUCCUUCUGACAGGACUGGAAACUUCGAUACAAUAUAUAAUUUCCUGAGAGAGAACUGGAAGAUUGUUAGAUGGGUAGCUCUAGGAGCAGUUGUUUUCGAGGCUUUACUCUUCUUGCUUGCCCUUAUCGUUAGGGCAGCUAAUACACCACCAGAGUAUGACAGUGAUGAUGAAUAUAUAGCUCCAAGGCAACAAAUCAGGCAGCCAUUCAUCAACCGCCAAGCCGCCCCUGUCACUGGUGUCCCAGUUGCUCCUACUUUGGACCAACGCCCAAGCCGCAAUGACCCUUGGAGUGCACGUAUGAGGGAAAAGUAUGGGUUGGAUACAUCUGAGUUCACAUACAAUCCCUCGGAGUCACACCGAUUCCAGCAAAUGCCAGCGCAACCAAACGAAGAAAAGGGCCGAUGCACCAUCAUGUGAGUCCAUUUUAAAAGUCUUGAAAAGUUCAGUCAAUUCUCUUUUCCUGUGUUUAUUUUUUCUGCGUGUAACAAUCAAGAGUGUCAGUAAAAUUAGGGUUCCUUGUUUCUGGGUUGAUAAUGACUCUAGCAUUUGAGAUCUCUAAUCAACCUAGUCACGGUCU